AUGUCCUCAACGCCAUUCGCCACUUUCGCCUUCGCUCUCAUCGCCUGCGGCAAGCUUCUGGAAAGCAAUGCCCUCGCCAUCAUUAGGGACGACCAUUCGAUUGGAUUUUAUUUUAAUGCUCAUUACAAACCGACAAACGACGCUACGAACACAACUUUUGGGUCACUCGUUUCAGUCACUAGUGAAUCGGAUCUGGAGUACCUCGGGCAGGUCAAUGUAGGAGGACAUGAUUUUAACCUAGUGCUCGAUACGGGGUCCAGCGAUCUGUGGGUCACUGGUCAACAAAUCAAGAUCAACAGCGAGACAUCCGACAAUCUUAACCUCACAUAUGGAAUUGGCUCCGCCUCGGGAAACAUCGCUUACACCACCGUUCAACUUGGGACUUAUCAAGUGCAAAAUCAAGCGUUUUUAAAUGUUGACAAAACGUACCAGCAAGGGGCCGAUGGAAUUCUCGGUCUUGGCUUUAUAUCGCUAUCCAUGAUCGAGAAAAAAAUCAAGACAAAGGCCGCUCGCCCUAUCAUGGCAAACCUUUUUGAACAAAAUCCGACAACACCGAAUUUUAUGGCUUUAGCGCUCGAGCGCACGACUGAUAAUGAAAAUACGUCUGGAGGCGCCAUCACGAUUGGGGAAUACGUCCCACAAUUCAAGGAUGUCUCCGGGACACCUAAAUACCCCCUUGCGCCUUCGACGUCAUCGCGCUGGACUAUAGCGCUAUCGGGCAUGCAGGUCAAUGGCCACGACGUGACACUCAAGUCGGUAGUCAAGGGAGCAAAGAAGGGGACCGCUAUUUCUCUCAUCGACAGCGGAACCAGUUUGGCGUACAUUCCCUCCAACGCUGUGGAUGCGAUAUACGGUGCUAUCAGCGGAUCGAUUCAUAUACAAAGCAAUGGGCAAAAUUUCUGGAUCGUACCGUGUUUAGGCCAGGCAAAUUUGUCCUUCUCGUUUGGCCACGAUUACUUGCCCAUUAACCCUCUCGAAUUGACGAGGCUGGCAACUUUUACUGACGGCAACACUCAAUACACUGUUUGCACUUCUGCAUUCCGUCCGCAACUGUCGAGUACAGGCUCGGAUAUGGAUUUUUUGCUUGGCGAUAUAUUCAUGCGCAACGUCUACUCUGUCUUCAACUUUGGUAAUUCCACAUCUAAUAACGAUGACGACAAGGGUGCCUCGAUUCAAUUCCUCUCGAGGUCAAACAAGGAUCAGGUUUACCAAGAUUUCCAACAACAACGCACUCAGAACUUGAAGAACCUUCCGCCGUUGUACGAUUUGUCUAAAAUUCAUUCCGAUGGGACUUCAUCGGAUGGUGGACGUGUCAACUCUUAG